AUGAAGAUCGACCUGAGAAAGGCAUAUGACAUGGUUAGUUGGGAAUUUGUUAUAGAAGCACUAGAGGGGUAUGGUUUUCCUAGUUCAUUUAUUCAAAUGGUUAUGGUGUGUAUAUCCUCUACAAAGUUCUCUGUAAGGAUAAAUGGAGAGGGGCAUGGCUAUUUUGCAGGACAGAGAGGAUUAAGGCAAGGAGAUCCAAUCUCUCCUCUGUUAUUUGUCGUGGUUAUGGAAUAUCUCACUCGGACACUUAGCAAAAUGAGUAAACUUCCAGAUUUCAAAUUUCAUCCCAUGUGUAAGGAGCAAAGGCUGACUCACUUAAUAUUUGCGGAUGAUCUAAUGAUUUUUUGCAAAGGGGAUAUAAGGUCCAUUCAAAGAAUCCGGGAAGCUUUGGAGAACUUUGGUGAUACCACUGGAUUAGUGGCUAAUGUGGAGAAAUCCAAUAUUUUUCUAGCUGGGAUCACUGAUUAUUUAAAGGAGGAGAUAUUAGAAAUGACAGGAUACUCUUUAGGUACUCUACCUAUUAGGUAUCUUGGGCUUCCACUAUCUUCAAAGAAAUGGGGUAAGAUGGAGUGUCACCAACUAGUGGAGAAGAUUACUGAGAGGGUUACAAAUGUUUAUGCUAGGAAGCUCUCUUAUGCAGGAAGACUACAAGCCGUGGAUAGAAAAUGCAAAGAUUUUAUAUGGGGAAGUAGUACAGAUCAGAGAAAAGCACAUUUGGUUGCCUGGGACAAGGUGUGCCUCCCAAAGAAAUUUGGAGGACUAAAUGUUAACAGGUACAGAAAUUGGAAUGAAGUUUCAGUUGGGAAGUUAUUAUUGCAGGUUUCAGAAAAACAAGACAUUCUCUGGAUGGUAGAUUGGUACCAAAAUGACAAAUACAAGGUGACAAAAUGUGGCACUUAUUCAGUAACAAGGAGAUAUAAUGUACUGAUAGGGGCUCAAACCAGGCUUUGGGAAGCAAACCUUAUAUGGACAAAAAUUAUGCAGCCAAAACAUAGAUUUAUCGUAUGGUUAGCAAACCAGAACAGACUGCUCACCAAGUCUAGAAUGAUGAGAUUGAACAUUCAUGUGGAGGAUACAAAGUGCUGUCUUUGUUUGGCAGGGGUGGUAGAAACUCCUCAACAUCUUUUCUCCGAGUGUGAAUGGAUUACUGCAGUUCGACAUGGUUUGGCAAACUGGUUAGAGGUCCAAAUGAUUCAGAAGGAUGUCCCACAAAGUCUGAAAUGGAUAAAACGAAGGAAAUGGAAGCAAAUACAAAAAGGAAGUUGUGGUGGCAAUAUGGGGGGCAAUGAUCUAUCACACAUGGAAAGCAAGGAAUUGGAAGAUUUUUUGAAGCAUAGAUGUGAGUACAAGUUGUGCGAUUGUACAGAUACAGGAAGAAGUGAGAGCUCGACUAGCCACUCUCCAGAACACAAGGGUUGUUGUGAGGUGUCAGACUCUGUUGAGAAGACUAACUAG